GUGUAUAAGAGAUAAUGUAACCGGACAAUACGUAAGAUGAUGAGAAAAUGGGAGGGUCGGGAGUCGAGUGUAGCAAUUACGUCACAUCCGUUUAGCAGAAUCGUGAAAACAUUCGAGCUUUAAGCUUAAAUGAUUCUUGGAUUUAGAAGCUGGGACGAUAUGGUUGUCCAUUGCAGCUCUGUUAUCCUCGUAUGUUUAUAGCUACCGAUAACUGCACUGCCGUAUAUAUUUUAUAAUUACAGAAUAUCGAUGCUUUUUGUCUCAACGAGAAACGUUAAUUUCGUAUUUUAUAAUUGCGCACAUGAAAAAAGCCUUAAUAUUUUACUCUGUGAGAUAGUUUAUCCAGCAUGAAGUUUGCUGAACAUCUUGGAGCUCACAUCACGCCUGAGUGGCGGAAGCAAUACAUUCAGUAUGAGGUAAUGAAGAGUAUGCUGUAUGAGGCACAAGAACAGGCACCCUCAUCUGAAGUUACUGACAGUGCUAUUAUCAAAAGAUAUUUCACAAGGUUUGAUGAAAGUUUUUUCCAAUUCUGUGAAAAGGAACUGACAAAAAUCAACACCUUUUUCUCUGAAAAAUUUGCUGAAGCCACUCGGAAAUUUGCCACAUUAAAUGCAGAACUACAAGAAUAUUCACAGCUCGAAGAAAAAGCAAUGCACCGCCCUUCAUUGCGACGAAGACGUGGCAGUGUACAUGUGCUAUUUAAGGAGAAGAACAACAAAGUUAUUAACACUCGGAAGAUGCAUGAUCUCAAACUUGCCUUCAGUGAAUUCUAUCUGAGUCUGAUUCUUUUACAGAAUUACCAAACAUUGAAUUUUACUGGUUUUAGAAAAAUUUUUAAAAAACAUGAUAAACUUUUCCAGACAACUAAUGGAGUAGAAUGGCGAAUGGGGUUUGUUGACACAGCACAUUUCUAUGUCACCAAAGAAGUGGACCAGCUGAUUAAAGAAACAGAACAAAUUGUGACCACAGAUUUAGAAGGAGGUAACCGACAAAAGGCCAUGAAGAGGUUGCGAGUCCCACCAUUAGGAGAAAAGCCAGAUACUUGGGUAACGUUUCGUGUUGGCCUUUUCUCUGGUAUCUUCUGUGUUUUACUCUUAGUUAUUAUCUUAGCAGCUAUAUUCACCAAACAUUCCAGUGACUGGGAACCUGCCUUACGUAUCUACAGGGGCCCAUUUUUACUCAUACUUGAUGUCUUCUUACUUGGGAUGAAUACUUAUGGAUGGAGAACAUCAGGUGUUAAUCAUGUUUUAAUAUUCGAACUUGAUCCUCGAAAUCAUUUGACCCAUCAGCAGCUACUCGAGACUGCUUCAGGACUAUCGGUUCUCUGGGCCGCCAGCGUCUUGCUCUAUCUGUUUAGUAAUUCAUUAAACAUCCCAGCAUUCAUCAGUCCAUUUACCCUUGUCAUCAUCCUUGUUGCAUACCUAAUUAACCCUUUACAAAUAUUCCAUCAUCGAGCAAGAUUUUGGCUCAUCAGAAUAUUGCUCCGAAUCGUCUCUGCACCAUUUCAUCAUGUAGGAUUCGCAGAUUUCUGGCUUGCUGACCAAUUGAACAGCUUGGCACCGGUCAUGUUGGACUUCUAUUAUUUUAUAUGCUUUUAUGCAAUUGUUUUUAACUGGCAAACGACAGAAUAUAAAACCGCCUCAACAUGCCUUCAGACAAAAUAUGGUAUCCGAGCUAUUGUCAACUGCUUGCCUGCAUGGUUCCGUUUUGCUCAAUGCCUUCGACGGUAUAACGAUACUCACCUAAAAUUCCCUCACAUUGUAAACGCCGGGAAGUAUGCUACCACUUUUCUGGUUGUGAUAUUUCACUCGAUUUACAAAAUGUACAAAGAGAAACACGCUGCUCUUUCUGAUGCUGGCAGUGACGAGAUGGAUGUCAGCUAUGAAACAGAACAAACCAUCUUCUAUUACACCUGGAUUGUUGCACUGCUAAUUAGCUCCUGCUACACUUUCACCUGGGACAUCAAGAUGGAUUGGGGUCUCUUAGAGAAAACUAAAGGUGAAAACAAGUUUCUGCGAGAAGAGUGUGUUUAUGCCUAUAGCGGUUAUUAUUACUUUGCUAUUUUAGAAGAUUUUAUUCUUCGUUUUAUAUGGACUCUGAAAGUGUCUGUUAUUGAAAAUGGAAUGGUCCAGAAAGAAGUUGCUAGUACUAUACUAAUGAUUUUAGAAGUCUUCCGAAGAUUCAUUUGGAACUACUUCCGUCUGGAGAAUGAGCACCUGAAUAACUGUGGUCAGUUCCGAGCUGUGCGGGACAUUUCUAUUGCCCCAAUUGAAUCGAAUGAUCAAGCCUUAUUGAUGGAAAUGAUGGAUGACCCAGACGGGCUAGGGCCACGAAAGUAUCGAGACAGGUUCAUGGAACGAAAUCGCAAAGAUCCAAAGAUUUGGGUGAAUUAUGAAGAUGAUAAUGACUAAAAGUUCCAUCUUUUCUGACAUGACCCUUGUGACCACUAUAUCAAAGAUUGCAGGAAAUACAACAACACACAUUUACAUAGUUAUACAUAUACAUGGUUGAUAUACGACAGACAAGUCUAAAAAUUGGAUGAUAUUUUUUUAACAUAUCUGACUAACUUAACGGGUGAAAGAAUAGUUUAUAUGAAAUAUUUGUUUAAUAAAUGGAAACUGAAGAGUUUGUAAUCCUG